GAUAAGUUCGAACGUUCGAUCGAUUCGCUGCGUGUUGUCGUGUACAAGAUCAGUGUGUUUGAAUGUGAUUUUUGCUGAAAAUUCUUUAUCGAUGAUGGUCAGACUGUUGGUAUGGUAGACCUGAUGUGAUUACGGUGAUUGUUUAAGAAGAGCUGAUUGUUUUAGUGCAACGUGUGCAUAUAGUGGGUGAAAUAUUUCAAGGCUUCCAGUGGAUUUACGCGCGCGAUGACGAUAUCUUGUACAACGGCACCUCAGUCUAUCGUUCAGUGAAAAUAUUUGUCCAAUUUUGGCUAUUUUGGUGCACGAAAGCCAUAAAUUUGCAGCAGAAAAUAAAUUUUUUGAAAUCAAUCAUGCAAAUAAAUCGUCUUGUUCUAGCACUUUUAAUCACGUACUUUGCAAUAAUUAGCGCGACCGGCAGUAACGCCACAGAUAACGAUGAACUCUGGAGGCUGCUAUUGAGCGGAAAGCUUGACCAGAUCAAAACAAAAACUGCGCUAGAGGUCAAGCCUCGGGGCACGCUAGAGGCAGCCAUUCAUUCAAGGAUUGCCAUUAGCGGUAAUAACAAUUACGAGCCGGAUGAUAAGACAACAGUCGCGAAAGAGGAUGACGAACAGCUGUUUGGUUCGGUGGAUUCCGGGGAGUCUAUGAGCGUAGAAAAGAUCGACAGCUUAGAAGAAGACGAUAAGGCGACGUUGUUUGGCGAGGGGCAAAGUUCCCGGGAUGUUGCUUCCGAUGCUGGCAGUGGAAGUGGUGAAUUGUUUAGUGAUAACGAUGGAAUGCAAGCGGAUGGCACUGACAUCGAUGACGACAUUAUCGAAGUCUUGCGAAGAUCAUCGGUAUCACGUGAGAUUUUGGGAUUGUUCGGUUUGUUGAAGGAGAAAAAUGAAACGGACGAAUUGAAAUUAAAAUUGCAGAAUGUUUUGCGACCCGUUUCCGAAAGACUUAGUGAUGGAUUGCCGAGCAUUUUGGAGGGUGAAGAAAACUCUGCUGUUCCAAACGAAGAAGUUGGGCCUACUGAUACUGUACAAGCGGAAUCGUUGGUUGCUGAUCGAUCACAAACUCAGCCGAUUACGAAUAUUUUAAUACCGAAGCUGGGCGAAAAAUUAUCUACCAUCCGCAGAAACUAUGAGGCUCCUGCGGAAGGACAGCGGAGUUUGGUGAUUGUUUUCGACGCAACUGGGUCAAUGUUGGAUGAUUUGAAACAGCUACGUGACGGUGCCAAACUAAUUAUUGAUGAAAUUACUAACUUGAAGAACAACCCAAUUUACAACUACGUAUUUGUACCCUUCCGUGAUCCGCAAGUUGGGCCUCGACUGGUUACGCGAAACAAAGACGAACUACUUCAAGCACUUGAAAAUCUCCAAAUCUAUGGAGGAGGUGACUGCCCAGAGGCAGCAUUGGCCGCUAUUUCAGAAGCAGUUGAAGCGGCACUGCCGAACUCGUUCGUGUACGUAUUUACUGACGCCACUGCUAAAGAUUUUAAACUGGACCAAAAAGUUCUCCGGUUAGUUCAGCAAAAGCAAACGUCGAUAUCUUUCCUUCUCACCGGAUUCUGCGACGGUAAAAGCACGCCUGGUCAUAGAGUUAUGAACGACAUCGCAGCGGCUAGUAACGGCGAAAUCUUUGAUCUCAAGAAAGAUCAGAUCGAACAAGUAUUGCUGAGCAUCAAUGGUAAGCUGAACAUAGAUCAUGUACCGUUGAAAUCGGUCGAUUCCAGCAAAGCUGAAGCUCAUGAUAUCGAUUUAAAUGUGGACAACACACUCAAGGAGUUUAGUGUUAGUGUGGCAGGUCAUCGACCCAACAUUGAGAUCAUUGACCCUCAACACGUUCCCUAUAAUAAGUCAAGAGCUGUAUUGGACCUGGAAAAUAUCAAGGUAGUAAACGUGCUCGAACCAGCUCCUGGAAAGUGGAAUAUAAAAGCUGGCUCUAGUUCAUCCCAUUCAGUACGACUAUCAGGCAACAGCGAUGUGAAGUUCAAGUUCGGUUUUUCCCCAGCCAAACCGUCCUCAAUUGCUACCCUCUCUCGCCAACCGAUCCUUAAUGCCGAUAACAUCCUUACAGUUCAACCAUCCCAGCCGAACCUUGUUCAAAAUCUAACAAACGUAACAAUUGCCUCCCAUGGCAACAGUGAACCCGAGGAAACUUCGUUCAAAUUUACACUACCCCUGGAAAAAACUGUGCUAGAAGAUUCUACUCCCGUAUUCCUUACCCCAACAUUUAAGGCACCUCGACAAAGGUUUAAAAUUUCAGUAAGUGGCCAGGACAACAACGGAAAUCCUCUAGCUCGCCUGAUUUCUACUGCUAUUCAAGCCGCUGGCUUAAGUGCUCCGGAGUUAUCGCUAGAUUUCACCGACGCAGAGCUGCUCGAGGGUGACAGUGUAGAAAUUAACUGCCGUGUAGAAUCCCUUUCGCCGGUAGUCGUUCAGUGGAAGCGGUUCAACCGACUACUAACGGAAGCAAAGUUUGAAUCUACAGACACGCUUAAGCUGCGACUAUCCAAUGCAUCAACUAAACAAUCCGGACGCUACGCUUGUCACGCCAAGAACAAUAUAGGUGAACAACAAAUUCUUGCCGUGGUUAAAGUGAAACCUCGACCCGAACCAGCGGUUGGCGUUUAUCCGAAAGAUAUUGUAGCAUUCGAACACGAGGCUCUAAUCGCUCUUCGCUGUAUUACUAAGAACGUUAACCCUAGUGCUGGUAAAAUUUGGAGUCAUAACGGAAACCAAAUUACGGACGCUGACAAGGAAUACUUGGAAUUGUACAACCUAACUGCCAAAGAUGCUGGGACAUACGAAUGUCGUGUAGCAUCCGAAGGAAGAAUUAUAUGGGAUUCGACAAAUGUUACCGUAGAGUAUGCUCCGAAAAUUCCGGGUCGGUUGACUGAAUCUGCUACAUCCCCUUACGGUCAGCCGCUGGUUUUAGAGUGUGGUCUAGAGGGAAACCCCGAGCCUACGAUUACGUGGAGCUAUCGACCGCUGGACGAUUUAGAAAUGAUCCCGUUAACGGAAGCUGGAAACAAAUUUCUAAUUCCCAAAGUAAUACCGGAAGUCGAGGGAUCGUACAUCUGCGAAGGUAGAAAUCGUCAUGGUUCGGCGAGAAGGACACUUCUAGUGCAGGGGGAAGCAAAUGAGCCACCAAAAAUCCCAAAAGUGGAAGAUUCGACAAUCUACGUACAGCCAGGAAACACGAUGACGUUGAACUGCUCUUGUGAUUUGUGUCAACCACUAAGCGAAUACAUCUGGACAAGUGAACAGUUUACAUUUGAAAGCAGUCCGUACGACUCACAGGAUAAUGCCCGGGUUAACCUGAACGUCGACCAGACUCGUAAUGCCGUCCAAUAUCAACUGACGAUUGAAAAUUUCAACUCGACAAACCAAGGAAGCUACAGCUGUAUUCUAUCGAACGCUCACGGAGCAGACAGUAUCGUUCUAGAAGUUCGUUUGAUGGAAGCACCUGUAAUCGAAACAGUUCUAGUUGAUGAUCAACCACGAGCUGUGAAAAGUAUAGGACUAGAAGACUCCGUUCACUAUCUAACGUGUGAUGUUACGGGACUUCCCGAGCCACAAAUUCAAUGGAUCUUCAACGGAGAACUUGUCAAUAAUGAUCACCGGUUUACGCUGCAAAACGAUAACAAAACGCUUCGGUUUGUCGAGCUGUUCGGACCAACUUAUGCAGGCAUAUAUCAGUGUCUAGCUUCAAAUCCUAUGGGAAGUUCCUCCAAAGAUCUUCUGUUGCGAUAUGGUAGCUCUCCACGUUUCACAACUCUUCCGCAAGCAUCUCUCAACGUUACCGUUGGGGAACCAUUGUCGCUUGAUUGUCCGGUUGCUGGCGUUCCGACUCCGGAAGUCACGUGGUACUUCAAUGAACAACCGCUACAGAAAACGGUACCCUUCGCCACAACUUUGGACGAUUCUGGAAUUUACGAGUGUCGUGCUAAUAAUACGUUCGGACAGCUAUCAGCUGUUACUACGGUCCUGGUGUAUGGAAAGCCGCAGUUUGUGCCAGGUCCAUCGGAAGAUACAGUCGUGUUUGUGUCACGUGGUAAGAACGUCAGCUUGGAAUGCGCUGCAAAUGGAUUUCCAAAGCCUAAUAUCAGCUGGGCUUUCGACAGUAUCCCAAUUAAUAGGUUGACCAACGUUAGAAUCACUGAUACAGGUCUUUUGAUCGAAAAUGCAACAGGGAAUACCCAGGGAAUAUACGUAUGCAACGCCGAAAACUCAAUUGGAAACCUUCAGAAAGUAUACUAUCUAACUGUAAAAGAACCUCCGCGAAUCACUUCCCAUUUGCCGGAACGCCUUCAGCUACUUCCGAACGAGGAAAUUCAGCUAAAUUGUACCGGCGAAGGUAACCCUCCACCACAAGCUUCUUGGACCAAGAACAACUUUCCACUACAACCAAACGCUAGCUUGAUAGUUUCCUACAAUACGGAUUCCAUCGGCAAUUACACCUGUUCAUUGGAAAAUGAUGAAGGCAUUGAAACGCAUUCAAUUGAGAUAACAGUUCUUACUCCUCCGGGCAGAAUCUCGAAUUCUUCCAAGACGCAGCCAACCGUUCAAGCUAAACAGAACACUUCGCUAGAGUUAGUUUGUCCCUUCGAUAACUACGAUAGUCUCCUGUGGCAAUUGAAUGAACGUAACCUAGACAGCUAUCUGGACUUAACAGACGUUCGGAUAGUAGAAAACAUUCUCCAAAUCGAACGGCUUCGUCAAGCGCACGCAGGAACGUACACUUGCUUUGUCGAGAAUCCUGCCGGCCGAAACAAUCAUUCGUUCAUAGUAGGAAUUCUGUCGCCUCCACGGAUCGAACAAAUUCAUCUCGUAGACGCUAGCGAUGAGGUUGAUGUAAGAGAUUCGUCACCCGCUGAAAAUGUAGCGGAAGUUAGUCUUCUAAGCGGCGAAGAGUUACAUUUGAUUUGUCACGCAAGUGGCUCUCCGAUGCCUGCAAUUUAUUGGAGUAAAGACGAUUCGGUGAUUACGCGAGGCAGCGAACUGGUGGUUGAAGAUGUGGACACGCAUCACAACGGCCUGUACACAUGCGUUGCCGAGAACGAACUGGGAAGUGCUCGAAAGGUUUACAGGUUAGAUGUUAUGACAUCUCCACGGCACUGGGGAGACGCGAUGAGUCAUAUCGAGGUGUUCAAGGAUGAGGAUCUGAGGUUGGAAUGUGUAAUGCGAGCUAACCCACCGGCCAGCAUUCAGUGGACGAAAGACGAAACCAUUCUUGAGGAGUUUGAGGAUGCUCUAGAAUUUAUUGCUAUUCAACCGGAGGAUUCAGGUAUAUACACAUGUGAGGCCGAAAAUAUCUUCGGAACAGAUGAAAAGAAGUUUCAGGUUACAGUUUACCAACCAUCGGAGAUUAUACUUUUCCCCGAAAAUCGUACGGUUAUCGCAGGUACCGCUUUGAACAUAGAUUGUAAUGCAGUUGGUAAUCCGUUGCCGAUCGUUAGCAUCAUUCACCAGGGUGAAGUACUGGCAUCAACUUCUGAUUUGGAACUAGAUUCUAUGGCGUUUGACAAGUCGUAUCGAUUACAAGGCAAGACUUAUUCGAUACAAUCGCAACAAUUCAUCGCCACGAAGACUUCACCGUUCGAAAUUCAUUUGAAUCUCCACGAAUUGAGUGCUACAGCAAACUCUGCCGGAAAGUAUCUAUGCCUGGCCCAAAAUGCCGUAGGCCAUGACGAUCGCCAUACCAAGGUCGAAGUAUUCGUCGCACCGUUCAUCCAGUUAAACAAGUUGAAGACUGGUCCACAUUUUGCCAUCUUAGAAGGGCUUCCAUUAUACCUGUACUGUCCGAUGGCAGGGAAUCCCAAACCUGCUGUUAGUUGGUUCCGCAAUUCGAAACCGAUGAAAUUCAACGGUCAGACACUAUUUCUAUCGUCAACCAGUCGAAAAGAUCAAGGAAAUUACACCUGCGUUGGGGAAAACCCCGCCGGCAAGCAGGAACUGUCCUUCUCCGUAAGUAUUCUCGUUCCUCCGACGAUGAUUAACAGCGUAGUUUUCAGUGACAAUGAAGCAGCGGCCGAUCAACCGGAACAGGAGGAAAUUUCUAUUCUCAAAGGCGAUAACGUAACACUGGAUUGUGCUAGCCUGGGAAACCCCGCACCGGAGAUCUUCUGGACUAAGGUGGUUUACCUGGACGAGAAACUUAACGAGAGACUACCCAACAAGGAGUCUGUUUUGGAAUUGUAUAACGUCGAAGCGACAUCCACGUAUUCGUGUUACGUGAACAAUACAGCCGGCUCGACUCAGAAGCUAUUCCACGUGGUCGUUCAGUCUGCACCAUGGUUCAAAAACAUCGAUUAUGCGACGAAACCGAUGGUUCUGCUGCAUCAUAGUCUGGACAUGAAUUGUGAAGUUCUUGGCGUACCAGAAGCGGAGGUUUUCUGGACCAAGAAUGGCACUGUUUUGAAUGGUCAAGAAACGGGGCUUUUCUUCGCGGCGAGUGGUCAAAUUUUGAGAAUUUCUGGUGCACGGUCUACGGAUGAAGGCGAGUACAAAUGUGUCGGACGAAACCUGCACGGCCAGGUUAGCCGGGAGUUUUAUGUGACUGUAGAAGUUCCCGUUAGCUGGUCUCCAUGGGGAGAGUGGAGUGCCUGUAGCUCCAGCUGUGGUAAAGGAACUCAAUUCCGUUCACGUAUAUGUUUGCUGCUGAGCGGGUCACCAGCUCACGGAGCUCAAUAUAACUGUAUGGGCGAAAAUGUCCAGGUGAAAAGCUGUGAAAUGCUUCCAUGUCCAGUCAACGGCGGCUGGGGAAUGUGGACUAAAUGGAGCAACUGUUCACAGGAUUGUGUUGCAGAGUACACCGGGCAAAAGUCGAUUCGCUUUCGGAAUCGUACGUGUGAUAGUCCCCCGCCAUCCUUGGGUGGCAAACCCUGCAUCGGGGAAGAUCACGAGGAAGAAGUUUGCUCAGUUAGGCUUUGUCCUGUCGAUGGUGAAUGGACACCAUGGACCAAAUGGACACCAUGUAGCGAGUCUUGUGGUUUUGGACGAUCGCUUCGCUGGAGAAGUUGUGCCAAUCCAGCUCCUCGUAACGGUGGACUGCCUUGCAAGGGAUCGGAAAGUGACAUUAAAAUUUGCAAAGAAGGCGAAUGCACUGUAGAUGGUGGGUGGUCCUCGUGGGGUCCUUGGUCAAAGUGUAGCAAACCAUGUGGAGUUGGCUUGCGACACAGAAAGCGCUCGUGUACGAACCCUGAACCGAAAACCGGAGGUCGUCAAUGUGAGGGCGAGAAUAUUGAAAUCGAGAAGUGUUCUAGCAAAUCAUGCCGAAACGAUGCGCUUAUAAAAAAUUUAAACCGUGACUCAAAGCGAAAAUUCUCCCCUCUUUUGACGUACGAAUCUAAACACCCAUCCGUAGAGGAAGAUGACUACGAGGACAGCCCUGUUUCUGAAGUGCCGCAAAAAUUCAAAGUAAUUCGUAACUUUGAGUUUGCCGACGCCGCUCCAGUCGAAUAUAUCGAUGGACCAGUAGAAGACGUAAUCGACGAGGAUUUUGAGGGUCAUCACAAAAUCAUAGUAAGUCUCAAAAACACCGUCAAUUUGUCACAGGACACUGCCGGAUACCAUCUGAAUUUCGGUGGACUUAGCAAUUCAGUUGAGUUCAACUGCGUUACGGGGCUGGUGUACAACGGAACGGCAGGAAGAUGCGUUGACGUGAAUGAAUGCGAAACAGGCGAAAACCAUUGUGUUACCCAAGGGCAAAUAUGCGUCAACAAUCAGGGAGGAUACGAAUGCCUCUGUGUGGCAGGCUACCGAAUGAUAUCCGAUGAGUGUGUCGAUGUGAACGAAUGUCGUGAGGAAACUCACGAUUGCUCACACUUUUGCGUCAAUAAUCCGGGUGGAUACAGUUGCUUCUGUCCGUCGGGAUUCACUCUCGCAGCAGAUAAUAGAACUUGUUCCAAACGGAGAACUCGUCAACAACCCGCGUUUAGCAUUAUGAACAAUGAAAUGAUUUGUCCUGAUGGGUACCAUCUUGAUGGAAGCAAGUGUAUUGAUGCUGACGAAUGUGCCGAAAAGGAAGACGAGUGCAACGAAGGUCAGUCUUGUUUAAAUACCAAAGGUAGCUACGUAUGCGUUCCGACAGCCUGCCCCGAAGAAUACGAGGAAGAUGAACUGCUAGGCCAAUGUUAUCAAGACUGCCGAUAUGGACUAAGCCAACUGUGUCAAGAUGGGGCCCAAAUCGAACAAACGCUGACCUAUAAAGUUAUUUCGAUAGAUAAAUUUCCUCCGAAGCAACCUCUGGCCGUCUUGGCGAUUCCAGCCUACCAGCAUGCUACGAUGCAGACGACAUUCAGUUUCCUGGAACGAACGUACGCCCACGUGUUUAGAGUGGAGAAGACUCCGCAUACCUCCGGAGCCGUUUACCUGUACGGAAACAAGAAACUCCAGCGUGGUAAGAUCUACAAGUUGAAGAUUGUUGCGCACGCUUUUGGCAACGAAUCUGGGGUAAUGGAUUAUGUGCACAAGUUCGUAGUUUAUGUGCAUUUAUUGGAGUGAUUAGCGAUACUUGAGAAAGUUAGUAAUAUAGACUGCAAUAUAAAUAUGAUAUUAGCAUCAAUAAAUAGAGUAGAUUAAUAAGAACAACAAGAAACUAAUUGACCUUUCGAAUUACGUUGUAGUUAUUGACCAUACGUCAAUCGACUUAACCAUCUGUAGCUCAACUGUAUCGUUUAGCAGAGUAUGACGCACCCUUGCCGCGAAACUAGCAUCACGGAAUGAUUAGUAUAUAAGGACAGAGAGAAAUGAACUGGCAUUCAGAAAUAAAUAGUCAUACAAGUA